AUUUAAUUAAAGAAAAUAAUGAAUUAAAAACAAAAAAUAAAGAAGCUAGACAACAAAUUAAAGAUUUGAUCAAAGAAAAUGAUGAAUUAAAAACAAAAAAUGAAGAAGCUAGACAACAAAUUGAAGAUUUGAUCAAAGAAAAUGAUGAAUUAAAAACAUUAAUUAAAACAAAUUGA